AUGAUCCGCGGCAAGCAUCUCCGGCCCAACUACUACGACAUACUGGGCGUGGACCGCUCAGCGUCCAGAGACGACAUCAAGGCUGCCUACCGCAAACUCGUUCAGGAGCACCACCCAGACCGACAGCGCUCCAGGCCCAGAGCUCUAUCACGACGAAGCAUGGGAGAGGAUGCAGUGAUUCUCCGCAUCAACGCUGCCUAUGACACGCUGUGCAACGACAACGCUCGAAUCAAGUACGACAUGGACAUGUUUGGCGUGUCUGCAGCUCCGGGUCAUAAUGACCGUGUGAUGGUGGGCGCUGGACACUACAAGCCGAUAAGCUCGGAAGACGUGCACGAGAUGUUUGGAGGGCUCAACGAGUACGAGCGAUUCACGACGGCUCAGUAUCAUCGCCAGCGCUCGCACAUCGCGCCUGCAGCUAUUGGGCGACGCGCUACCAACUUCGCCGAGCGGAAGCAGUUCCGUGCCGCUAGCGUGAAGCUCCCGACACAGUCCGCUACCAUGGCGUGGCUCGCGUUUCCUGUGGCACAGGUGGCCCUCUGGGGUCUCAACCUGAAAAGCAAUCGCAAUCAAUCCAAGAAGUGCUGA